AUGUUACAAACAGUCCGCUGUAUGGACCCCUUGUUGAAGGAUCUCUUAACACCGAACCCUCAGAUCGGAGAGAGAUGUGGAUAUCAAAGCUGUCCGAACACAAAGGACGGAUGGGUCAACAUACACAUAGUGCCUUACUCACACGCCGAGCUGGGGUUCAUGAAGACCUUCUCAGAUUACUAUACAGGAGACGACGACUUCUACGAGAAGAGUCGCAUCAACAUGAAACAGAUCCUGGACUCGACCAUCAGUGAGUUGUGGGCCGACAGGGAGAGGAGGUUCGUCAUAGCAGACAGUGAGCUGCCGUACUUCUUCUACUGGUGGUCCAAGAGGGAUGGCACAGUCCGUAGGAUGGUGUACGAGCUGGUCCGCCAGGGUCGCCUCGUGAUCCUGGGAGGAGCCUGGGGCCUGCAGGACGAAACCACCACCUACUACCAGACCAUCAUAGACAGCUACACGUACUCUCUCAGAAAGAUCAACGCCACGUUCCUGGAGUGCGGGCGGCCGCUGGUCGCGUGGCAGGUUGAUAACUUCGGUCACUCGCGGGAGUACGCGGCGCUGGUGGCGCUCAUGGGCUUCGACGGACUCUUCAUCAACCCCAUCAGCUUCGACGACGAACUCAUCAGGAUGGAGAGGAGGGGGCUCGAGCUACUGUGGAGGGGCAGCGACGACCUGGGCGAGUGCUCACACUGUGUACUAUACUGUCCCGAGUCUGAUAUCUUCACCCACAAACUGUUCGACGGCUACUGGUCCCCGCCCGGCUUCUGUUUCGGCAGCAUGUGCUCCGACCCGCUGCUCGUCACCAGUGAUGAACUGUUUGACAACGCUAAGGAGAGGGCGGAGCUGUUCGUUGAGAAGAUCCGUUUCCGCCAAGCUCCUAACUAUCAGACGCGGCAGGUGAUGGUGAUGAUGGGCCAGAGGAUGGGCUACAGCGACUCCAAGCUGUGGUUCACCAACAUAGAGAAGCUCAUAGGCCCGGUGUUGGAAACCAAACAGGACGACUUCGUGCCUUACGCGUACGACAAGGACUCGUACACGAGCGGGCUGUACACCUCGCGCCCCGCCUUCAAGUACCUGGUGAGGGAGGCCAACGUGUUCCUGCAGAUCGCGAAACAGUUGCAAGUUUUAACGAACUUGAAAAACAAUGACGGAAUAUUCGAAGAAUACAUGUGGAUCAUGGGUGUAGCGCAAGACCACAACGUCAUCACUGGCGCCAUGCGGCCCUACGCUAAAGACUACUACACUAAGUACCUGAGCAUCGCCAUCCAGAAGGCCACUAUCAUCGUGAAGCAGGCCUUCAACAAACUCCGCUCCAGCAACGCGUCGCUUGACACUGACUACCUGUUGUGUUACCUGAACGAGUCCUCGUGUCCGAACAGUAAAGUUGAAUAUUUUUAUAUAACCGUAUACAAUCCCUUAGCCUGGAACGUCACGAUGCCUGUACGUAUACCGGCGUACAAGAGACAAUACAACGUGUAUGAUCCUCACGGUGUAAUACUCCCAUCGGUAUUGAUGAGAAUACCACAGCAAGUGUUCAAUAUACCGAACAGGUUUACAGAACAUGACCUGGAACUGGUGUUCACAGCUACAGACGUUCCAGCACUAGGGUACAGGUCUUACUACAUAGAGGAAGUUAAGAGGAAGAAAAGAUCACUCAUUAAGAAGAUCGGCAAGAACAAACAGAAGUACUUCAUACGACAGACGAGAAUGGAUAAUACGAGCAUGUUAGAACAGAGCUAUGAUGAUGAAACACAAGCGGGGCUUGGCAGUGCGGGGAGAGGGGAGGAGGGGGAUGAACGUGUGACGAGACCGGAGGUGGACGACGACGAACACGGUGAUACUACUGAGACUAGUAGCACUACUACUGCUACUAGAAGUACUACCAGAGACACGCCGACAAGUGAUAAUAGUUGGAUAGAGUCGACCGAGAACUACAUCAAGAACAAGUACAUCCGUAUAAACCUGGACAGUCACCGUAAAGUGUCCUCUAUGAGUCUGUCCAACGGUGUCAACACGUCGCUCGACAUACAAUACUACUUCUACGUAUCGGACGACCCUGACACCGUCCAGAACAUGAAGAGACGCCCCGGAGCCUACAUCCUCAGACCUUUGGACAAUAAGCCCGAGGCUAUCAUAGACUAUAUAGAUACUAAGGUGUAUAAGAGCGAGGAGGUCCAAGAAAUACAUUCUAGAUACUCGGACUAUGCUUCAUUUGUAUUGAGACUGUACAGAGACAGUGUGCUCUGUGAAGUAGACUGGAUCCUGGGACCUCUACCAGCUGACGGCCUGGGCAGAGAAGUGUUCAUACGAUACACGACCGACCUGGAGAAUGAUGGAGUGUUCUACACGGACGGGAACGGGAGGCAGGCGCUGAAGAGGAUCAGGCACCGGAGACACACGUACCAGCCCUACGACCUGGAGCCUGUCGCUGGUAACAUCUAUCCAGUUACAACAAGGAUAUACAUAGAAGAUUUAAAGAAGAACCUCCGCUUGUCGAUAUUCAAUGAUCGAUCACAAGGAGGCUCCUCACUGUUAGAGGGCGCCGUGGACCUCAUGGUGGACAGACAGAUAUACACCGACGACAGCGGAGUACAGACGUUCCUUAACGAGACUAUUGAUGGGAAAGGACUCAUCAUCCGCGGGACACACUACGUGUACCUCACGAGAGGCGACCACAGACCUAACAGGGUCUUCGAGAAGAAGUUCUCCAAGGAAAUAGAACUGAAACCGCAGAUAUUCUUCUCACGAAUCAGUCAAAUGGUGGAGAAGAAUCACUGGCUUCACAAGAAGAACGAAUACUCCGCUCUCAAAACCAAGUUACCCAUCGGCGUUCACAUACUGACGAUACAGGAGUGGAAUCAAAAGACGUUACUGAUACGACUCGAGAACUACUUGGAGAAAGUCGACGUCAUAAAGAGCGGAGUUAAAGAAGUGAAGCUGAAAGACAUGUUCGAGAACAUAGAGCCUUACGAGCUGAGCGAGGUGAAACUAGCAGCGAACAUACACCUGAAGGAUUGGACGCAGGUACAGUGGCAGAAGAACGGAUCGUUUGUGAAGAACUUCAACGAGCACUACGGAAACACGAGGCACGUGGAAUACAGCGACGAUCAAAUGAAGCCGCUGAAGAAAGUAGAUAUACACACCGGCAUACUGCUGUACCCGCAACAGAUACGGACAUUUGUUGUGUCUUACAGAGUACUACGACCAUGA